AUGGAUGACCGCACAGUUGAUCUCAUAUUCGCGGGCUCCUUGAAGUCCCUGCCUCCAGUCAGCUCCAAGAUCGUAAGGAUUUUCACCAGCUCAACUUUCACAGAUACAACUAUGGAACGAAACACGUUGAUGGCAAAGUGUUAUCCUCGCAUCAAAGACUAUUGUAGAGAGAAACAUGGACUCGAAUUUCAGGUGGUGGACAUGCGUUGGGGUGUUCGUGAUGAAGCCACGGAUGAUCACAUGACCACAGAGCUUUGUAUGCGAGAGAUAAAGAACUGUCAACGAUUGUCUAUGGGACCUAACUUUGUUGUAUUUCUUGGGCAGAAAUAUGGAUACAGGCCAAUUCCAACAUAUGUCCUCUCAUCGGAACUACAGAUGUUACGUGAUGAAUUAGCUGCUGGUGGUGUAGAUGUGAUCCUGCUGGAUACCUGGUACAAAAAAGAUUCGAAUGCUGUGCCACCUAUAUCUGUAUUGCAGCCUAUUUCCUCUAUACUUGUUAAUUUUAAUAAUAAGAGAGUUCCAAAAUUGCAAGCUGAGGACCAAGGAAUAUGGUGGGACACGCUGGGAAAAAUGCAAAAAUUAUUCAGAAAGGCAUCAUUGCAGCUUUACAAUUCUGGAAAAAUUGAUAAAGAUACUAUGCACAAUUAUUUUAUGUCAGUAACCGAACGCGAAGUUAUCAAUGGAGUUCUCAACGUUAAAAAUACAAAGAACCAUUGCCUGGCCUAUGUACGAUAUAUAAACAACAUUAAUCUCCAAAACUUGAAGAAAGCCAGCAAUUUUGUAGAUAUUUUAAACAGAAGUCUGGACGCAGAAGCUUCAAAGCUUCUCGCUGAUCUGCGUGAUGUUAGACUACCAGAGAAAAUCGAGACCACUAAUAUACAAAAGUAUACUGUGGAAUGGAUUGGGCGUGAAGGUCUGGACAACGAGACGCAUGGAGAGUAUCUCAACCAUUUCAUCGCCCAUUUCUACAAGAAUAUCAUUAAACUAGUUGAUAGGGCGAUGCGAAAAGAAGAUAGCAGCGCCCAGGGACAGAUUGUGACGGAAAUUCUUCAACACCUCCACGCUUGCAACAACUCUGUUAAAGUCUAUCAUGGUAGGGAGGAUGAUCUGCAGUUCAUAGAGAAUUAUAUGAAGAACGAUUCGGAUAAACCACUGGUUUUGUAUGGAGAAGGAGGUUGUGGCAAAACAAGUCUGCUAGCGAAGAGUUCAGCCAUGUCCCUAAAUUUGUGGUUUGCGGAAGCUCGUACGACAAAUAUUAUUCGGUUCUUGGGAACUACACCGGACUCUAGUGCACUUACACCAACACUGAUAUCAAUCUGUCAACAGAUAUCAUACAACUUCGCUCUACCAUUUGAGAGCAUUCCAGACGAUUUAGUACCGUUAACAGCUCAUUUUAAACAAUUAUUGACUAUGGCAACACAGCAACAGCCUCUUCUAUUGUUCUUGGACUCUGUCGAUCAAUUGACUGGGAUUGGUACUGAGAAUAAUAAGGUUUCGUGGUUACCUACUAGGUUACCACCGCAUUGUAAGAUUAUCGUGACGUGCGCGUGCGAAGAAACAAAUCCAGAAGUUUCCAAAGAAUAUGAUGUACUUCGUAGAAUGAUCGACUCCGAAGAGAACUUUCUAGAAGUUAAGGCUCUGGGUGAAGAUUUAGCAAUGCAAGUAUUAAAAUUAUGGAUGGCGGCCGCAGCCCGUGACCUCUCAAACUACCAGUGGAGGUUGGUCUCCAACGCCAUAGGACAGUGCUCUUUGCCUAUUUUCGUCAAAUUGGUUUUCGCUGAGGUUUGUAGAUGGAGAAGUUACACAAAGCCCCAGGAUACACACUUGGCGUCCACUGUGAUGGAUUCCAUCAUGAUGCUCUUUGAAAGGAUCGAGAAGCAGCACGGUCGUCUUCUAGUAUUCCACGCAUUGGCGUAUAUAACUGCAGCUCGUAGCGGUCUUUCGGAGACAGAGUUAGAAGACCUCAUUUCUCUGGAUGACAGAGUCCUGGAUGACGUCUAUCAAUACCAUCUACCACCUGUUAGGAGAAUACCACCUCUAUUAUGGACCAGAAUCCGCAACGACCUUCCAAACUACCUCUCAGAGAGAGAAGCAGAUGGAGUAUCGGUGAUGAACUGGUACCAUCGUCAGUUCAGAGACACAGCCCGUGAGAGAUAUUUCAAGAACAUGAAUAUGGCUAUGUACUUCCAUUCUAUGAUUGCUGAUUAUUACUUAGGUAUCUGGGGUGGAGGUACACCAAAGCCUUUUAAGUACACAGAAAUACAAAGACACAGAUUCAACUUGGCUGACAAAGAGGGAGUAGCAGAUCGGAAAGUGCCCCUUCAACCUUUAGUCUUCACUUCCGCUGAUGGCUCCAGCAAGAGAUACAACUUGAGGAAGUUCGGUGAGCUGCCGUUCCACCUGGUUAGGUCUAAACGCUUCACGGACCUGUACGCCGAGGUUCUGUUUAACUACGAGUGGUUACACGCGAAACUCAACUGCUGCCCUCUUCAGGCCGUGUUGGCUGACUUCGAGGAUGCUAAACUACAUGUUAAUAAAGAUGCAGUCAGAGAACUAAUGCUGGUCGCUGACGCAUUGCGCCUCGGCGGUGCCAUAUUAGGAACAUAUCCCGAUAUGUUAGCACCACAACUAGUUGGGCGACUGUUGCCCGAGGCUGCUCAAAAUCCAGCUGUGUCUUCCCUGCUAAAGCAGUGUCAUGAUAAGGGGAAAAACCACUGUGCAUUGUUGCCAUCGCAUCAUUGCUUGCAUACACCUGGAGGACCUUUAAAAUAUUCCCUCGAAGGUCACCAAUUCGCAGUGUUCGCGUUCCGAUUGAGCUCUGACAAACGUUAUGUGGUGUCAAUCUCAAGUAGGGUGAUCUCCUGGGACCUCUCGACGUCAGACCUGGCCAGGGACCUGUGUCCUCAGUUGGAAGGAAUUAUGCAGAACUUGGAGUUGUCAUCUGAUAACAAAUGGGCUGCUGCAUCUACUAACAAUUCUGUCUCAAUAUUAUUAAACAUGCUGACAAGCGAAUAUAUAACAAUCGAAAAUCCUUUGGAUGAAGGCGAAACAGUACGCGGUGUUUUCGUACUAAACCAUCACAUGAUAAUAUACGGACCCCAAUCCUGGGUCCAAUACAAUACAAGGGGUGAACACGAGCAGACAAUCUCGGCUCCAACCACUGAACCAUACGACGAAAUGUCUUGGGAAAUAUUGUCCAUGGACUUUCGUGACUUGGAAAACCUGGUGCUCCUAAUGUGGAGUGGGGAUUUGGAUGACGAUAGGCUUCUAGUUCACUUCUGUAAAGCCGGGAAAUGGAUGCAACCGCUGCGCUGCCGUGGAGCUGUCAGUUUGGACAAAACCUGGGGGAGGGUAUAUAGCAGUGAUCCGGGGAGGGGAUAUCAGAUAUCCGCUUACGAAUUAGAUGAAGAGCAGUCCAAAUGGAUGAAGGUAGAGGAAUUGCAUCAUCAGGAAACUGACACUGCGGAAGCCAUGCUGCAACUGAAGAGAGGCAAAAAGGAUAGAAUGCUUCUUGCAACUACAACAUACAGUUUCGUUGUAUGGGACUUCAAUAAUUACAUACCGAGGGUAAACCACGAGACGGACAAACCUAAAGACGAGGAAAAAGAAGAGAACGAAGAAGAAGCAGAAAAGGAAGAUGAGCCCGAAAAAGAUCUACGUUUAGAAGGGAUCGUUUUAAAACUGCCCCACACGAUCAGAAAUAUAUCCACGAAAAUGACGCAGUCAAAUUCGUUUAUGAUUAGUAAAAACUAUAAAUACGCUGUCGCAGGAGUGAGAAAAAACCUCUACGUCUGGAGUCUAGAAACGACAAAAUUGAUAAAAGUCUUAGACGCGCAUUUUGGGAGAAUAGUUCAACUGGAACCAUUGACUGUCGGUACUUGGAAUAACGUGAUUACAUCGUCCAUAGACAGGACGGUGAAGAUAUGGAACAUAGAUAAUAUAUUUGAGCAGGUUCAUAAGAUCGACAGACAGGAAUUGCCCAUUGAUUCUGUGAGCCUUGCCCGCGACAAGCAGUUAGCUGUAACAGUAACUCGUAGUUGCUGGGGUCUUUGGAACACGGGGUCUGGGAGGCUUUUAGCCCAACUUGCUGAAGCCCCUUUAGGCGCUAUUGUGACCCAUGCAGUGAUAACCCCGAAUGGAGAAACUGUAGUUACUGCUGAAUCUGGGAACGUUGUUAUAUGGGAUCUCUCUGAUCAACAGGUAGUAUUCAAAGAAGAACAGAAGGUUGUGAAGCAGCUGUUGCUUCUAGAAGAUGGCACCAAGUUAGUAACCAUUUCAAUGCGGAUUCCAGCGGAUAACGUCGACAAUGUUGCUUCUGCGCUUAUUGUAGCGAGAACUAUACCUGAUGGAGAAAAGAUCUAUUCAGUCGAUUAUGAAUUACGCGGGACAGGGUAUAAGGCAGCUGUGGUAUCAGUGGAUGAACAUCACAUAGUUGCACCGGGAUUGGAUAAGACUUUAAGGGAAUGUCUCCAUGUAUUUCACGCCAGGACUGGAGCCAGGCUUCAUAGAAUUCCUAUAAAAAACAGUGGAAUCAAAGACAUGCAAUCGGUUGUGGCAUUACCACAUAAACCACACUGGGUGGGAGUGGUUGGCAAUGACAAAGCAGGAAUUCUGGAUAUUAAGACUAAGAGACAUGUCAGAUUUGUUCCUCGUUGGAAUGGCGCCUGCACAAAAGACGGAAAGACAGGUCUUUGUGCACCUUCCCGGGGGGGUUUAGACCUUAUUGAGUUGAAACGUGGAACCUCAACCCAGCAGCUGAUCUCCAGAGCAGCCGAAGGCGUCUUCUCCAUCAUCACAAUGUUCAGCUCCACUGAUGAAUAUGUGUUUUAUUAUCAUAGUGGAAGAAAGACGUUACGUGUCUUCAGGACACUAGACGGUCGAGCUAUAGCCGAAUAUCGUGCGCCCGCUGAAGUUACUGGAAUCGCAAGCGCACACGCAGGAAAAGCUGUCGCCAUAGCGUCACAAGAUGGCUGCCUCACCGUUCUUAAUAUCGUUGAUCCACACAAGUAG